CCUCUCACAACCCACGUGAAUUCUCUUCUCUUGGCAAGAUGUGUUGCAACUACGGCAACUCCUGUGGCUAUGGCUGCGGAUAUGGCUAUGGUUGUGGAUGCAGUCCCUAUUAUGGCUGUGGUUAUGGCCUGCGUUAUGGCUGUGGCUAUGGCUCCUGCUGUGGCUAUGGCACCGGAUAUGGCUGUGGCUAUGGCUAUGGCUCCAACUUCUGUGGCUACCGGCCAUUUUUCUAUAGAAGAUGUUAUUCCUCUUGCUGCUAGAACAUCACUGUCCAAACCCCAAUUGCUUCUGAAAUGACACGCCUUAAGAGAAGGCUCAUUCAAGGAUCUAUACCCCAAGAUUUAUAUAUCGGGAACACUUCAUGUGUCAUAGAAGAUUUGACCUCCAGUAACAUUUGUAAUAUGGCAUCUUGUGGCUUGAGGCUAUGGAGUAUCAUCUAACAGUUUCCCAAAAAGUGUUGGUCUUACUCCCUUAAUAUGGAUUCUGUGUAGUGACUGUGGCAAGGAUCUGAACAUCCCACAUUUGGGCAAAUCCCUUAUUCUCAAUAAAAAUGUUUCAUUCCUUCUAUCAAAUGUCUCUAGUCUCUCUUGAGAAAGCCUCCUUUCUCUAGGUGUUAUGGCCUCUCUUGAAAAUUGGACGGACAAUAUAUUUCAUGUACCCGGGUCUCUUUCUUGAUAUCAUACAAGCAUUUCUUCUCUUACAUGCAUCGAUAUAAUGUGUUCUCCACCUAUUUUUCAUAUCUCUAUCUCAGUACUGCAGAACUGUGCCCUGGAAAUCACACUGUAGGUAGAAUGGAUGUGGAGGGAAAAGACGAGGAUGAGGAGGGAUUGCAUCUCCUGGGAGGUUGUGACAGAAGCCCAAGGGGAAGGGGGUGUGGCCUGAUCACUUAAAGAAUGAAUGUGAUGGAAGAGAGAGUUUCUGGUAUUCAUGAGAAAUUGGAAGCUGCCUCAGCUGAAGUGUAAAGAACCAAGGAAAAGGUACUUUAGAAGCAAA